AGCGAGUCAUCAGCCGCACGUGCUCGGCGCGUGACGCGCGACGUCAUCGAGUGAGGGCGUGGGUUGUAAUGACGUCGUCGACGGGGAGCAGCGACGUCACCGGCGGGGGGGGGCGUUGCGCAACCACGGGCGGUGACGUCAUCAAGAAGGAAGAGACGGAGCAGCCCCAACUCGCCAUGGACGACACUUUGUUCCAGUUGAAGUUCACAGCGAAGCAGCUGGAGAAGCUCUCCAAGAAGGCGGAGAAGGACGCCAAGACAGAGCAGGCCAAAGUCAAGAAGGCGCUGCAGCAGAAGAAUGUGGAGGGCGCGCGGAUUUACGCGGAGAACUCAAUCCGCAAGAAGAACGAGGCGCUCAACUGGCUCCGCAUGGCGUCCCGCGUCGACGCCGUCGCAUCCAAAGUGCAGAGCGCGGUCACCAUGAAGGCGGUGACCAAGAACAUGGGUCAGGUGACCAAGUCGCUGGACAAGGCCCUCAAGUCGAUGGACCUGCAGAAGGUGUCGGCCGUCAUGGACAAGUUUGAGCACCAGGUGCAGAACCUGGACGUCCACACCUCGGUGAUGGAGGACAGCAUGAGCUCGGCCACGACGCUCACGACGCCCCAGGACCAGGUGGAGAGCCUCAUCCACCAGAUCGCCGAGGAAAACGGCCUCGAGGUCAUGGAUCAGCUGGACCAGCUGCCGGCGGGGGCCUCCACCGUGGGCGAGGCCAGCGCCCGCAGCCAGGAGGACCAGCUGUCCCGCAGGCUGGCCGCUCUGAGGCAGUGAACGCGGCCGGUAGCAGCUGCCUGCAUUGCUUGAGAGAAUCCACGUUUGUAUAUACAGUAUAUAUAUGUACACGCAGAUAGACUCCUCUUACGUACACAGACAGUCUUACACACACCUGCAAAACACUCGCGUGCAUUGCGCUAACCACUGCGCCACCACCCGGCACAUACAGAAAGACAAAGAUCCUCUGUUCUCACAAGCGCGUAGAAAGACAAAGAUCUCCCGUGUGGCCUACACAGGCUGUUGGGGUAAGUGCUGU